UAUGUACCGCCCCAUUUUCCUACCAAUCACGAUUCGUUGGGUUGUCGAGGAUAUGCUUGCCCACACUACCUUGUCGUCGAGGGACCUGCAGUGGCCUUGCCUGCCCAGACUGGAUGGAUUCUUUGGAAUCACCACGAGCAUUCACAUGUUUGGACCUACUUUGUAGCUCGAGAUCGACGCCUGCAAUGCGCUCCAUUGCACCUCGCACACAUUUACUUUUUGAUUUUCUUACUUUUCUUCCCUUCUAGGAGCUUGCAUCACCGAGAGACGUUGGCUUCUCCUGCAGUGGUAUGUACCGCGCCUCUGGUUUUCAUUUUGCUUUGUUUGCUGCACCGGUUUCAUGGCACUGCUGGCCUCCAACUGAAAAGCAGAGCAGCAUCAAAAUAAUCAUUAUCCUCGACCAUCUUCUCUUGGCAGAUCUCUCUACCCCCCCCUCGUCCUCUCUGGUGCCUUGUACAACCCCAUACGAGGCAAGUGGUGAGACAACCAAACGCAAGUCAUUGACACUUUGUGUACAAGCCUCCACCAAUUGCACUGCAAUUAAAGUUAUACAUUUUUUUUUUGCAGAUCAAAACUACCUAUCUAUAGCUUGGGUGCCUCGGUACGCCUUUGACAGCUGCGGGCGGCUGCGACUCUCAUGCUCCUAAUGUACAUACUUCGACGCAAUACUUACUACCUAGGUAGGUAUAAGAGCACUGGUGCGCGGCCUGGUGGGUGUAAGGAGAAUUUGAAGGAUUUGAAAGCCUGGAUCAACUGAUGAGGGCUUGGAUACACCUUCUAUUAAGAGCAAGACGCUUGGUAGGGGACAAGAAGACACCAGAAGCUUGCUUACGACUCGUCUCUUCCUUAGCUGCAUGAAUAAAAC